CGGCUCCAGGCCGACCCGAAGCGCUUCCCCAGCGGCAUCCGCAAGCUGGCUGACUACGUCCACUCCAAGGGGCUGAAGCUUGGAAUCUACAGUGAUGUUGGCAACAAGACAUGUGCUGGCUUUCCUGGCAGUUACAACCACUAUGACCUGGACGCCCAAACAUUUGCCUCCUGGGGCGUGGACCUGCUGAAGUUUGAUGGCUGCAACUCUGGCACGCUGGAGCUGCUGGCAGAAGGUUACAGGCGCAUGUCUCUGGCCCUGAACAAGACUGGAAGGAGCAUUGUGUACUCCUGUGAGUGGCCUUUCUACUUGAGGCCUGUGCAGCAGCCCAAUUACACGGAGAUCAAACAGUACUGCAAUCACUGGAGGAACUUUUUUGAUGUCUAUGACUCCUGGAGCAGCAUCAAGAGUAUCUUGGACUGGACAGCACUUCACCAGGACAGCAUUGUGAAGAUAGCUGGGCCAGGAGGCUGGAAUGAUCCUGACAUGCUGGUGAUUGGAAACUUUGGGCUGAGCUGGGACCAGGCGGUGACUCAGAUGGCGAUGUGGGCUAUUAUGGCAGCUCCCCUCUUCAUGUCCAAUGACCUGCGGCACAUCAGUCCUGAGGCCAAGUGGCUGCUCCAGAACAAAGAGGUGAUCGCCAUCAACCAGGAUCCACUGGGCAAGCAGGGAUACCAGAUCACCAAGGACAAGAACUUUGAGCUGUGGGAGCGGCCCCUGUCUGGACGAGCCUACGCUGUGGCGGUGCUGAACCAGCAGGAGAUUGGGGGACCCCAGAACUUCACCUUCUCCUUCACCUUCCUCGGCAAUGGGCUUGCUUGCAACCCAGCAUGCUCAGUCCGGCAGGUCCUGCCAGCUAGCAGAGACUGGGGGGUUUACAGCUGGGUCUCCUCCCUCAGCGUGGAGGUGAACCCAACAGGCACUGUGCUGCUGAAAUUAACAGCACUAUAG